AGCCAAUCUCUCGAUCGGCUCCUCCUUCGACUCCCGCUCCUCGCCAGACGAACAUUCGACAUCAUGCAUACGUCCCAUCACCCACCAUCCCCUCCACCACCACUCCAGUGCCACCACCUCCUGCACCUACACGAUCGCAAUCGCAGCCGAGUCAACCUAGGGCCACAACAUCGACCGUGCCAGCGCGCUCUUAUUCGCAGACGCAAAUUGUACCAGAUCCAGUUUCCGCGCCGCGGUAUGCGAAUGUUCCUAUGGCUAGUUCUUCGUAUGCUCCCCGCACCCUAGUGCCGUCUCCAUCCCCUGAACCGGAAAUCCUGAUGACACCAUCAUCCAUAGCGCGAUCUCCAAUGAAGCUUCCUGUUUCUCCUGCUCCUGUCGUGCAGACCUCUUCACAGUCCUAUCAGGAACAGAAGAAAAAAGGGGGGUUAUUAUCUGCGCUUGGACUUCGUCGUUCAAAGAUAACAUCGAGACAACCACAACCUCCAUCCCCUCCCCAAUUAAAGCCAGUGGUCAGCCGUGAGGCUCAAGGAUCGGUACCGGCCAAGGUGGUGACUUCGGAAAAGUCAACACCAUUUCCUGUGGAUCCACGUACCAAGGUCGCGACGACGUCCUCGCGUCAUGGGAUGGCCGCGCCUGUAGCAGUUCCAAUUCCUGGACAUCAUAUCCGUGAGAGGAAGACGAGUGGGUCGUAUGGCUUUGGACCGUUUCGCUUGCUUUCCAAAAGACAUCGCACAGUCUCUGCUGCAUCAGCCGAGGCAGUGGACGGCACGAACGCGGCGAGCACCAUCAUCACGUCACCAGCUGGAUCGACUCGCAGUCCGACCCCAGGACUUCCACCACCUCAACGCGAUCCGGUGCAGGCCGCGGGAGACUGGCGAAACCAAGAGGAAGAGAAGGCUCGUCAUCGCGGCGGCGCGCGCAGACGGAGACCCGGCGUCACGUUCGAGGGGUACGAAUCGGACCACCCCCAAGCGGAACAGCACAAGCAGGGAUACGUCGCUCGUAUGCGGAGUCGAUAAGAUUGCCACUGCCAGCACGUUCUGUUACCUUGGCUCAUCGUUUUCUGCUUUGCUCUUUUUUGCUCUUCUAUUGCUCUCGAAGUUGUCAUCCGCUUUUUGAGGUUUCACAAGUAUGGAACUUGGGUGUUGCAUAUGGAUUUAUGAAAACCGUGUAUUUAUAUGACAUCGUCGGCUUUUAUCUAAAUUGUAUCUGGCAACGCGAGUGCUAUCUGACGACUGGUCCCUAUAACAUUUUCCCUGACCGU